GUGUUUUCACAACAGUACAAUGUUUAGUCUGUAAUGGAGUUUAGCCAGAAAGAAAGACUUUCAUUGACAAAGAUAUUGUUGUGUCUUACAGGACUGUGCUUCUCUAUCAGCCAGACUGGUGAAGAGAUGCUGACACAGGUUGUUGGAGAAUCCAUCACAUUUUCUAAUCCAGCAAAGAUGUGGUUCUUUAUUAUAUAAUGGUGGUACUAUAGCUGUGGUGGUUAAAGGAAACAUGGACUCAUCCUAUAUAGACAGUUUCAAAGACAGAAUUCAGUGGGACCAACAGACUGGACAGUUCACCAUCAGAGAUCUAACAACCAAUGAUUCAGGGAUGUAUGUCGUAGAUGAAAAGGGAGGUGACAAGACAACAUAUCAACUCACUGUGUUUGAACCUGUUUCCAGGCCCAUGUUGACAACAGCAGGUAAUCAGAUCUGUUCAGUGGAGUGUUCUGUAAAGAAUGAGAUAGAUGUGACCCUUUCCUGGUACAGUGGAGAGGAGAUACUCAACCAGACCAGCAGCCCUGACCUUUCCAUCAAGCUCUCUCUCCCUCUGGAGGUGGACAAACAGGACAGAAUGUUUUACAUAUGUGAGGCUGCCAACCCUGUUAACAAGGAGAAUGUGACGUUUCAUGUCCCAGAAUCCUGCUUAGAGCUUGAGGAGUCAGCCUCUCCUUUAACAGCCUCCAUCAUCAGACACAUAUUAGUGCCGCUCAUCCUACUGACAGUCAUUAUCACUUUGUACCUAUACUACAAGAUGAAAAGGAGGCAGAAGAGAGUGACCAGGGAGAACAGCAUGGAUAGUUAUGUCAAUGCAGUGAAGAUGGUCUCUCCAGUCUCCAGAGAUGAAGCUGGUCCAUGAGAUCACACUAAAUCGAGAGAGAAGGAAUAAGAUCAUGUUGACCCUACAGGAUGAAUUUGGUCUGUUUUGUGUUUUAACCAACUAAAACAUUUAAUUAAAGAAUAUAUAUAACAUUU